AUGGCGGCCGCCAGUGCUGCAGCCGCAAUGAAUCUUCAUCCUGCGAUGAACUGGGACGCCGACGAUGUGGUGGAAGCAUUCAAGAAAUUCAAACAGAAAAGUCAACUAGCAUUCAAGAGCUUCCUGAAAGGUUCAACAACUGAGGAACAGGUCAGUUAUAUCCUGUUAUGGUCUGGAGAAAGGGGAUUAGACCUGUACAAUAGUUGGGACAUGCCAGAGCCCGACUGCAAUGAUCCAAUAAAAGUCCUAGAAAAAUUCGAAACACAUCUAGAGCCUAAAUCAAAUCACAGGAUCCGUAGAUAUGAAUUUCAGAGCCUCAGGCAAGAGCCACAAGAAACAGUUGACAAUUUCCUAGCCAGGCUGAAGAAUGUUGCAAGUAAAUGCAAAUUCAAAGAUGAGGAAGAGAGGCUUGUAGACCAAUUCAUAUGGGGAUGUGUGCAUCCAGAAGUCCAAAAGAUGCUCAUAGGCAAGGAUGCUCUCAAGUUGAAAGAUGCAACAGACACCGCUAGAGCACACGAAGCGACGAAAAAACAGAUGGCCACACUCUCGCCCCAGGCCUCCAGCAAGAUAGAUGUUGUCUCAAAGCAGCCAUGGCAAAAGAGCCAACAAACUUGCAGAAAUUGUGGACUGGUUCAUAGCUUUGACGACCGACAGAAAUGUCCAGCAUUCGGGAAGGAAUGCAGAGCGUGUGGAAGGCUUCAUCACUGGGAAAAGAAAUGCAGGUCAGGCAAACCAGACAGAAAGACCCAAUUCCAGAAGAGUGAUAGAAAGAAAGCUAACAAAUUCAAACGUAAAGAAAUACAUGCUCAACAAGAGGAAGAUGACACAUCAGAGGAUGAAUUCUUGUCAGUGGGCAUGAUCAAAGUCCAUGAGAUGGAGAGUAAGAACAGCGACGAGGAUGAUGAGGCAUACAGUACAAUCCAAAUUCAAAAGAAAGUGGGCAAGAAACGAACAUUCAUCGAUCUGAGGGUAAAAGUUGACACCGGAGCCCAGAGUAACCUUUUGCCUAUCAGCCUCUAUAGCAGGAUGUUUCCAGAGCACAUGGCACAAGCUGACAAAAUCAAAGACGGAAUCCUCACUCCCAGUAAGGUAAUUCUGACUGCAUAUGGAGAGCACGUUGUUCCACAACUGGGCAAAGCAACAAUUGCAGGGAAACACAAUGAAAAAGAGGUUAACUGUACCUUCUAUGUGGUCAAAGCAGAAGGACCUGCAAUCCUCGGACUAAGCAGCUGUCGAAAGCUCAAAAUUGUAACGCUGAACCUUGCAGUCGUGACAUCAUCACCCAGAAUCGACAAAGACAUGCCAAUAAAGGACAGGCCUCCUAUCAGAAGCAAAGCCGAGUUGAUCAAUAUGUACCCAGAAUGCUUUGAUGACACAGUCGGUUGCUUUGACUACCAAUACCACAUAACAGUUGAUCCAAAUGUGCAACCGGUGGUCCACCCGCCUCGCCGUGUUCCCCUGGAGUUGAGGGAAAGACUGAAGACGCAACUUGAGGAGAUGGAAGCCAAAGGCAUCAUCACUAAAGUCACACAACCAACUGACUGGGUAAACUCGAUCGUCGUGAAGGAAAAACCAAAUGGCAAGCUUCGCAUAUGUCUAGACCCAAAAGACCUGAAUAAGGCGCUUAAACGUGAUCACUACCCUACUCCGACCCUUGAAGAAAUUACACCUUCAUUGGCUGGGUCCAAAGUCUUCAGUAAAUUGGAUGCCAGCAACGGGUAUUGGAACAUAAAGAUCACUGAAGAGUCGUCUAUGCUCACCACUUUCAAUACACCCUUUGGGAGAUUCCGAUUCAACCGUCUUCCAUUUGGGUUGAGGGUCAGUCAAGACGUCUUUCAGAGACAGAUAGACGAGACAUAUCAAGGCUGCAAAGGAGCAGUGGGGAUAGCUGAUGACAUACAGAUCUAUGGAAAGGAUGAAACCACACAUGACUACAAUCUUCACGAGGCUAUGGAGAAGACCAGGAGAGCAGGCAUCAAGCUCAACGUAGAUAAAUGUGUGAUCAAAGAGGAUGAGUGCAAGUUCUUUGGGUUGAUCUACUCUGCAAACGGAGUGAAGCCAGAUCCUGCAAAAGUGGAAGCGAUCAACCACAUUGAAGCUCCCAAAGACAAGAAAGAGCUGAGAAGCUUCCUGGGCCUCAUCCAAUACAUGGGUAUCUUCAUACCCAAGCUUGCCGAUCACACUGCCAAUCUCAGAGAACUGAUGAAAGAGGACGCUGAAUAUGCUUGGUGUGCUUCACACACCAAGGACUUGAAUGCAAUCAAGCAACUCAUCAGCAAAGAGACAACUUUGCAGUACUACAACAGACACAAACCAGUAGUGUUGCAGGUUGAUGCCUCUAUGAAAGGAGUUGGUGCAGCAUUGAUGCAAGAGGGCAGACCUGUAGCCUUUGCAUCGAAAGCUCUCACAUCAGCAGAAACAAGGUAUGCAAACAUCGAAAGAGAGCUCUUAGCUGUAGUAUACGGCUGUGAAAAAUUCCAUACAUACCUUUAUGGCCGAAGUUUCAUCAUUGAAUCUGACCAUCGCCCUCUUGAGCAGAUAGACAGAAAGAACCUCACUAAAGCACCAGCCAGGCUGCAGAGGUUACUAUUGAGACUACAAAGCUAUGACUACAGCAUCACCUACAAGCCAGGAAAGGACCUACUACUGGCGGAUGCUCUAUCCAGACUGUCACCACAUGACAAACAUGAGAUGGAUGGACUGAGUGUUAAGAUCCAUCACAUUGUGAGUGUGACAAACAACAAGCUGGACGAAAUCAGAGACAAAACCAGCAGAGACGAGGAGCUCCAGCUACUCGCCCAGACAGUCACGCAGGGGUGGCCAGAGAAGAGACACCAAGUACAACCCCUCAUUCGAGAAUACUGGGCCAUCCGCGAUGACGUAUCAGUGGAGAAUGGAGUACUGAUGGCAGGAUCUCGAAUAAUCAUACCCCGAACCAUGCAACAAGAGAUCCUUACUAAGAUCCACCAGGGACACCUAGGUAUGGAGAAAUGCAAACUCAGAGCAAAAUCAGCAGUGUACUGGAUAGGCAUGUACAAGGACAUAGAAAAAACGGUAACUGCAUGCCACACCUUCCAAAAGUACAGAAACUCUCAACAGAAGGAGGAGAUGAUACCUAGUCACAUCCCAAGCAGGCCAUGGCAGACCAUAGGAGUAGAUCUGUUCACAGAAAACCAAGAAUGGUAUUUGAUAUUGGUCUGCUACUACUCCAAAUUCCCAUUCGUGAGAAAGGUGAAGGACUUGAAAGCCACAACAAUAACUUCCGUGGCUCGAGGAUUAUUUGCAGAACAAGGGAUACCAGAACAGAUUAUCUGUGACAACGGAACCCAAUUCACUUCUCAGGAAUUCAAGAAGCUAGCCACUGAGUAUGGGUUCACGAUUACGACUUCCUCACCAUACUAUCCCAAAGGCCAUGGGUUUGUGGAAAGACAAGUGCAGACAGCAAAGAAAACACUGAUCAAGUGUAGAGAAAUGAAAGAAGAUCCACAUCUGGCACUUCUGUCCUUGCGAGCAACACCACUGAAGGCUGAUAUGAAAUCCCCAGCAGAGAUGCUGAAUGGCAGGAAGUACAAAACCACUCUGCCAACAAGGAUUCAAGGUCCUAUUGACCAAGAGGAGACAAGAGCCAAGCUAGAAGCAGCCCAAGCAGAAGGACAGAGGCACUACAACAAACAUGCACAAAACUUACCUGAGCUUCUUGAUGGACAAAAUGUGCAUGUUCAAGACCCAAUAUCCAAAUUAUGGAUCCCAGCAAAGAUCAUCAGCAAAGCCGAAACUCCAAGGUCCUACAUCAUCGAGACGGAGACUGGCAGGCAGCUGAGACGAAACCGGGUCCACAUCCGCCCAACACCUACAACUCCAGUAGCAACACCUACAACACCACUAGCAACACCAACAACAUCAUCUGCAACUCCCGCAGCAAGUACAACAACAGCACCUGAAAUAGAUGACAACGCUAACAAUACACGCACCACCAACCAGAUGACACCACAACAAGGGACAACCUCUGGACAGAAUUCAUCCCAACAACCAAGCGCUACAGCAACACCACAGGCACCGCAGACCACAACACAGUCAACUAGGUGGAGAAGCAACAUCUUGCCACCAACGCGUUACCGCUAG